CGGACAAUCUUCGCGCGUUGCAACUCUGCUCUCUUCUUUUUUCGACCUCAGUCUUUAAAACCCUAAACCCUACUCUUUCAUUGUAAAAUUCCAAGAUUGGCAACUUUAUUCUUUAUUUCUUAGUUUGUUUAUUUUGGUUUUUGACAUUAUCAGUUCAAGGACGUAUUUAGCUUCAGAAGGUUCUUGUGUUCAUAUUCAGGAAUUUGCUUUUAACUUGCUUGGAGGCAACAAUUCCUGUUACCUGUAUGAAGCCAUGUCAAGUGCAAAGGAUUUUAAAUGAUGCUGUUAUGUCUUUUUGAUGUCAUCGCCUCACAAUAAUCCUUUUUUGUUUUAGCUUUGAAGCUUCUGAUUGCUACAUCAUUUUGAAAAAUGACACUGUCUCUUCCUGUUUCUUCCCAUAGGGAUAUUUUUCUCAAUUUCAGCUUUGUCUCAUCAACUCCUUUGUGGAAACUAGGAAAUGGUAAACUAUGUUAUCAAACUCUUAAGAAGCCUUCAAAUAUCUCUUUUCCAAUUUCAUGUACAUUACCAAAUAUUGUUAGGAGUCCUUCGCUAGACAAGCAUGUAGUGAAGCAAAACAAAAUUCGUUUUGUUCAAAAGCUGAAAACACUUUUACUUUCCAAGCCAAAACACUAUAUUCCUCUACACAUUCUUGCCAAAUGUAGAUCCUAUCUUUGCCUUCCAAAGCCUCGCUCUAUCCUCUCAAUGAUCCAUCGCUACCCAACAAUAUUUGAACUCUUCACAAUUCCUAUGCCGCCAACACCACUAAAUGCAACAAAAUCAGGCUAUCAACUAUGUGUUCGUUUGACCACAAAUGCAGCAGCCCUUGCCACACAGGAAAUGAAUCUCAAGUCGGCCAUGUCCAUCACUUUGGCCAACAAAGUCCAGAAGCUUCUCAUGCUAUCUACUCAUCACCGGCUUCUUCUUUCAAAAUUGCUUCACAUUGCCCCAGAUCUUGGGCUACUACCUAAUUUUCGGUCUCGCCUCUGCAAUGACUUUCCCGAUAAAUUCAAGAUUGUUGACACCUCUUAUGGCCGAGCUCUUGAGCUUGUAUCAUGGGACCAAGAUCUGGCAUGUAUUUUGCCUUCUCCUGAUAUGAAUCCACAUGGAUUGAUCGUAGACAGGCCUUUAAAGUUCAAGCACUUGAGACUUCGAAAGGGAUUGAAUUUGAAAAGACGUCACCGGGAUUUUUUGAUAAAGUUUGGAGAACUACCAAGUGUAUGCCCCUAUAACACUUCUAUAGAAGAGCUAGCUAAGGAGUCUCUUGAAGCUGAGAAGAGAGCCUGUGCUCUGCUGAGAGAGGUGCUUAAUAUGAUGGUUGAGAAGAGAACUUUAAUCGAUCAUCUGACUCACUUUAGGAAGGAAUUUGGGCUUCCAAAUAAGUUGAGGGCACUGAUUUUGAGGCAUCCAGAGUUAUUCUAUGUGAGCUUGAAAGGCCUAAGGAAUUCUGUGCUGUUGGUGGAGUGUUUUGAUGAUAAAGGUGUACUUUUAGAGAAAGAUGAAACUUUGGUGAUAAAAGAACAGUUGAUGGAGUUGAUUAGGGAAGGGAAGAGGAUGAGACGAGAGAGGAGAAAAAAUAGGAUUUAUGGAAAUUACAUUGAUCAAAAUGAUUCUGAUGUUGAUGAUGAAGAUGAUGAGCAUGAUGAUGAAUUUGAUGAUGAUGGAUUUGAGAAAUUGUUCGAUUCAGAAAAUUCAGAUUUGGACCAUCAUUUUGAUGAUGAAAAGUUUGAGCUGCGGGAUCAUUGGAACAAUGGAGAACUUUGGACUGCAGAUACUUCCUCAGCGCUUAUCGAUACGGAUGGAAACUGUAUAAAACCUUGGUAGUAAUCAAGAAUGUGUACAUAUUUUUCCAAAAAUUUCUUAGUCUUCAAAAGCUUCUAUAUUCCUUAAACGAUGUAACUCUUACAUGAAACUUAGAAAAUCAUUUUAUUCAAGUCAUUUAAGGUAUCCUACACUCUUGUAUGUAACAAUUUGAGGUAGAUUCAGCAACUUUGUCUCUUAAA